AUGAAUAAUUAUCCAUCUCUCGAUUCUUAUAUAAAUUUUGGUUUUAUAUCAAAAUUUUCUUAUUUCCUAAGUGAAGUGGGUGAGGGUGAUUACACAGAUAAGUUUUCCACUGAUCAAAUCUUCCUAUCACACGUCGAUUUAAUUGAAUGGGUUCGAAAGAUUGCAUCUGACACAACAACUGGUGAAGCUCGAAGAAAGACAUUCAUUUUGUUAGGUUAUGAAAGCAGUAGGAAGUAUAGGAAGUAUAAGCCCGAUGUUCAGCCUAAUGUGUCUAGCACAAGAAAAUGUGAGUGUCUGUUGAGGUUGAGGGGUAAACCUAAAGGACUAGGUUGGGUGUUAAAGGUUAUGUCUGGCUGUCACAACCAUGACUUAGCAGAGACUUUGGAUAGACAUCCUUUCAUGGGAAGGCUAAAUGCUGUUGAACAGUCAAUUCUUGUUGACAUGACUAAGAGUCAAGUAAAGAUCUCAAAUAUUCUUUUGACUAUCAAAGAAUAUAAUGAAGCUAACAUGACCACUAUAAAGCAAAUAUAUAACGUGAGUAGAUCUUUGGAUAAUUCUGAUGUGGUAAGUGAUGUGUUUUGGACACAUCCCGAUUCGGUGCACUUGUUGAAUUCAUUUAAUAUUGACUUCUUAAUGGAUACCACGUACAAGACGAACAAAUAUCGUGUUCCGUUGCUUGAGAUUAUUGGAGUCACAUCAACUGGUUUUACAUUCAGAGCCGCCUUUGCAUUGCAUUCAAGUGAACGCAAAAAUAAUUUCACUUGGGCAUUAGAAAGGUUCAAAGGAUUACUAUUGACAUCAGAGGGCGGUCCACGCGUUGUUGUCACUAAUAGAGAUCUUGCUUUGAUAAAUGUCAUUGCCAAUGUAUUUUCUGAAACGUAUCAAAUGAUUUUUUACAUUCCACAUUAUGAAAAACGUCAAAGCGAAAUGCAAGAUGUUAGUGGAUAA